AUGGUGCAACUUGUUCGAGCACAGUCCGCUGUUGUAUUGAGACCGUCGUAUUCUACUACGAUUUACCGAACACGAUCAGUGCCAGAUCUGAGCCUGUAUAGCCGUUACACCCCGAAAUGGCCAUAUCGCUACUGUAGAGAUUGGGAUAUGUAUGAUGAUUAUUGGUACGAUCGCUAUUAUUAUUACAGUCCGCUAUAUCGCAGUACAUUCUUUCCCCGUCGUUACUAUUAUUAUAACUACGUUUUGGAUCCAUAUAGUUACUGGAGCUAUCCAUACAACUAUUGGACUCGAUACAGAGGAUACUUAUACGGUUAUCCGUCGUACUACAGUCGAUACCACUAUUGUUAUGACGAUUAUCCACACUAUCGUUACACGUAUUCUUAUCCUUACCGUUACGGUUAUUAUUCACCGUUUGAUCGCUACUGGCUUUCGUCCACUUAUUGGGAUCGACGUUUUAGGGUGAGCACUACCAAAUUCUGA